AUGGCGGCUCAAGUUGCGAAAUAUUCCGUUCUUCCUCGACUUGAUAUGGCUCUGGAGAUCCAGGAUUUCCGCGCAAGUGGUGAACUGUACAACACGCUUCUUGAUGACUCCGACCAGCCACCCGUUUCUGAAGAGCAUAUUACAGACCUUGCGGAAAUGUUUGUCCGUCACAAUGCCGACAAGGUUCUUGGGAUUCACUUGAUCCACGGCCACUUCAAGAUUCCCAAGAACACCGUCAUGCUUGGGUCCAACUUCGAAAACCCUUCCCUUCGCUGGACUAAAGUCACCGAUAUUGAAGAGAUUGAUCCCUCCCGUGUCCAUGGACAUAUCUUCGCCCUAUAUCAGGGCGGGCUGUGUGCUUAUGAGCUACAGGACGGGCCUCUUCCUGAUUUGUCUGGCAUUGGCCCGGGAUUUCUCGACGAGUUCAUUAACUACAUUAUCAAGAAGAAUCUUACAAGUCUCAUUGGUCUCCAAAUUCUUGGAUGCAGUGAUGGCUCCAUGUCGGAACUCAUUCUCGACCAAGCAACUGUCAUGGUGGAAUCCACCUUUGUCAAGAACACUGUACCGACCCGUAUCACUGGCUGGAAAUUCGAGGCGAGUGGUAGUAAGCCGCGUGUUUGCUCUGCAAAUGAAACUCAUGCGGUUAUGACCUCAGGCAAUCACAAGGUCUUUAAUGCAGGGAAGCCUCUUCCUAAACUGGAUAAUGUCGACGAUCUGAAGGCCGCUCUUGCUGUGGUUGGGGUUAUUUGA